CUUGGAAUCACUUUUCAAUUUCGCCUGCCCACGCACCACCCGACCCUCUCUGCUGCUGUGUAUAUGAUGUUGGCGCUCAUGGACCACCACCACGCAACUACGAGCAAUAUGCAAGACGGGACAUCGCCCUCGAACGCGAUGGGCGACGACCUGGAUUUCGACCGGCUCAAGAUCGACGACGACUUUUGGCGCCGCCUCCUUGCACUUGACGCCGACCUCGAGACCAAGAAGCGCCACGAGUGCAGCUUUUGUGGGAAGCGCUGCAAGUGCAACUCGGAGCUCGUGCAUCACAUGCGCACGCACACGCAAGAGAAGCCGUUUGUGUGCUCGUUCGAAGGCUGCAACAAGCGCUUUACGCAGAGCUCCAACUGCACCGCGCACAUUCGGUCGGCGCAUUACGGCGUCAAAGCAUACGCGUGCACGUUUCCCGGCUGCUCGAAGCGCUACUCGCACAGUACGUCGCUCAAAGAGCACUCGUACACGCACACGGGAAAUCGUCCGUUCGUCUGCGAUGUCUGCGGCAAAGGCUUUGGCCAAAAGGUCAAUUUGAUCCGCCAUCUGAAGACCCACAAGACCAAGGAGACGUAA